AUGGCUACACUUACAGUUGUAUAGCGCUGGGAGUUACAGCUGUCUUCGUACAGCUGUGUAGGGAAAGCGCUGCAGUGUGGCCACACUGACAGCUACCAGCGCUGCAGUGUGGCCACAUUUGCAGCAUUUGCAGCGCUGUUGGGAUGGUGCAUUGUGGGCAGCUAUCCCACAGAGCACCUCGUCCCAUUUUGGCACUGUGGCUUGUGGGAAGGGGAAGGAAGUGUGCGGGUCUUUCCGCUUCCUGUUCCAACGCCCCGUGGUGCUUUGCUACACAUUCCGAGCAGUUUGGCGGCAUUGUGAGUCUGCAGCGCGAUUUCUGAGAUUUCUGUUACAAAUGGAGCCUGAGCUGCUGAGGACCUUGCUGAUGAAUGUUGCCAGCACAUCACGCAUGGCAGUGGAGCUAUUCCUUCAGCUGCAAAGUGACAGUGAGGAGUCAGACGAUGAUAUUGAAACGCCUGACGCUCAAGACACUCAAUUGCUUGUGGCAGUAACAGACAUGCUCAGCACUGUGGAAUGGCGCCUUUGGGCUCGGGAAACCAGCACUCAGUGGUGGGAUCACAUCGUCCUGCAAUCCUGGGAUGACGAGCAGUGGCUGCAGAACUUUUGGAUGAGAAAAGCCACUUUCAUGGGACUGUGUGCUGAGCUCGCCCCUACCCUGCGGCGCAGGAACACGAGAUUGAGAGCUGCCCUGCCAGUGGAGAAGCGGGUGGCUAUUGCAAUCUGGAAGCUGGCAACUCCAGACAGCUACCGAUCGGUGGCGAACCAAUUUGCAGUGGGAAAGUCCACCGUUGGAAUGGUGCUGAUGCAAGUUUGCACAGCCAUUAAUCGCACCCUGCUAAGAAGAACUGUGACUCUGGGGAACGUGCAGGACAUUGUGGAUGGCUUUGCAGAAAUGGGUUUCCCUAACUGUGGAGGGGCAAUAGAUGGGACGCAUAUUCCUAUUCUGUCACCACCCCACCUGGCAUCAGAGUACGUUAAUCGCAAGGGGUAUUUCUCCGUGGUUCUGCAAGCGCUUGUGGAUCACCAUGGGCAUUUCACUGACAUUUACUCAGGAUGGCCUGGAAAAGUGCACGAUGCACGCAUCUUUCGGAACAGUGCCCUGUUCAGGAGGCUGAGGGCUGGGACUUUUUUCCCAGACCGCAAGAUCACAGUAGGGGACGUCGAAAUGCCCACUGUGAUCCUUGGAGACCCUGCUUACCCCUUAAUGCCUUGGCUCAUGAAACCAUAUACAGGGAAGCUUGACAGGAGCAAGGACCGGUUCAACUACAGGCUGAGCCGGUGCAGAAUGACUGUGGAGUGUGCUUUUGGCCGUUUGAAAGCCCGCUGGAGGUGUCUUUAUGGGAAGCUAGAUUUGGGGGAAAGCAGCAUCUCCGCUAUUUUAUCCGCGUGCUGUACCCUCCAUAAUAUUUGUGAAGGGAAGGGUGAAAGAUUCAGUGAGGAAUGGACCUCCGAGGUUCGACGCCUAGAGGAUAAAUUUGCACAGCCAGAGAGCAGGGCUACUAGAGAGGCCCAGGAAAGGGCUUCAAGGAUUAGGGAUGCCUUAAGGGAGCAAUUUGAUGCUGAGAGCCAACAGUAAUGUUUGGUGCCUUUGCUGUGCUCCUUUCUACCUUGGGGUACAAUAUUUACCACUUCUUGCAAUAAUAAAACGUAUUGUAAAAGCCAUAAAAUCCUUUAUUCAAAGUACAGUACAUAAAAGGCCAGGGGGGUUAGGGUGGUGGACUGUACAUUCAGAGGUUUGAAUAUGUCCUGUUUGGAUUACUGUUCAAUGUCUGCUGCACUUCAGGAUUACUAUGCUGCAGGGUAAUGGGGGUGGAGUGCACAGGGUAAGAAUUGUAGUUAUCAGGGCUGGUAGGUGAUCGUACAGGUGUUGGGGGCAGCUGGGGGUAAAAAGAAACUGGCUGCUGGAGAAAGGUGUUUUGUGCAAAUACUGGGGAACAAGAAAGAGAGCUUUGGGAGGGGUGUGGGUUUCCACGGUACAGAUCUGCCUGCAUGGCUACGAGAGACUCGAAAGACUCAGUUUGGCGAGCCAGGAGGCUUAUCAUCUGCUUUGAGGUUUUUUUGAUAGCCAAUUCCUUUCUCCUGCUUUCUGUUUGCCUCCACUCAUACAUUUUCUCUCUCCAUUCCUGCGUCUUCCUACUUUCUCUGUUGUAGUGAAUCAUAACUGCUUUGAUCAAUUCUUCUUUUGAUUUUCGCGGAUUUUUUCUCAAGUUCUGCAAGCGACGUGAGGCUGGUGAUCCGGCUGCAUUAGUCAAGGUCACUAAAAAAAACAUAGAUAGAAACAUGUAAUACACAGAGGCUACAUGGUUUAUUAUCACACAGUGAAGGAGUUUUUAGACUUUUUGUAGCAUCCUUCCCACAUACCUAACAUAACACAGACAGGCCAGGGAAGCGAAGGCAUGGCGAGCAAUGGGGUGAGUGUUUCUGCCCCGACUGCACC